AUGGACCGAAAAUGGAUGCUUGCUAGUCGAUUAUCAAAAGAAUACGAGGAUGGAGUGAAAGGGUUUCGUAGAUUUGCAGUUGAGCAUGCAAAAAAUCCUAGUAGAAUCAUUUGUCCUUGCUUGCAGUGUUGUUAUUUAAAGGUAGUGAUUGCAGAUGAGUUAGAAGAGCAUUUAAUAUGGAAUAGAAUUGAUAAAAGUUAUUCAUGUUGGACCAAACAUGGUGAAAAUAGAGAAAAUCAUAUAAAUAAUGAUUUUCAUCAUAAUACAAGUUAUACACCGAAAGAGACUGACACAACAUAUGAGUUAGAUGAAGUUGAGGAGAUUGUAAACGUAAUCGAAGAGGAUAUGCGAGAUUGUCCUCAGAUGUUUGAUAGGUUGACAAUAGAUGCAAAGACGUCAUUGUAUAAUGGUUGUACUAGUUUCACAAGACUAUCAGCAGUCCUGAAAUUAUUCAAUUUGAAAGCACGAAAUGGAUGGUCUGAUACUAGCUUUACUGAAUUACUAUCACUUAUAAAAGAUAUGCUACCAAAAGAUAAUGUGCUUCCUAGUCGAAUGUAUGACGCUAGAAAAAUGUUUAGCUCUAUUGGGAUGAGCUACGAGAAGAUUCAUGCGUGUCCAAAUGAUUGCAUUCUUUUUCGAAAUGAAUAUGCCCCAUUGGAUAAAUGUCCUAAAUGUAUGACAUCGCGCUAUAAGAAAAAUUUAGUGUCGAGCAAAGUGGUAUGGUAUUUUCCUAUAAUACCAAGAUUUAGGCACAUGUAUCGUAAUGAACAAGAUGCAAAGAACUUAAGAUGGCAUGCGGAUGAACGAAUACGUGAUGAAAAGCUUCGACACCCUACAUAUUCUCCUCAAUGGGCAAAAGUUGACCAUGAUUACCCUAAUUUUGGGAAAGAACCACGAAACCUACGUCUUGCUUUGUCUACUGAUGGAAUAAAUCCACAUGGUAUGCAAAGCAACUCGCAUAGCACGUGGCCUGUGGUCCAAAGCAACCAGGGAAUGACAUAG